UAUUUCCUCUUUCUGUGACUCACUAAUCAGUAUAGCCUGUUAGUUAUCCAUGGCUUCAUCCUCAUCUCUUCUCAAUUUUCUCUCUCCUCUUUUUCAAUCAAUCACCUCACAUCCUCCUCCUUCCAACCCCAAAUUCCCCAACCUAAAUCCUCUCUCCUCCCAAUCGAAUUCUCUCUCUCUCUCCUCCCCUAAAAAACAUGAAAAUGCUGCAAUUUCAAAGAAUGAAGAAAACCCAGGUGAUGUAAUGGCGGUUGUAUGCCCAUCUCUUGCGUAUUCAAACACCCUUUACUUCAGAUCAGCUUAUAAUGUUCAGGUUUUGGUGGAUGAUAAUGAACCUGAAGAAAGGCUUCUUAAUCGAUUUAGGAGAGAAGUUAUGCGAGCUGGGGUUAUUCAGGAGUGUAAACGACGUCGUUUCUUUGAGAAUAAGCAGGAUGAGAAGAAGCGUAAGCAUCGUGAAGCUGCUAAGCGUAACAGUCGUCGAAGGCGUGGUCCAUUCCGAGCUCCAUUCCAAGGCAAGGAAGAGGUUGGGAAGGUUGAGAAAAAAGAGGAUGAUGAAGAUAACUGGGACAUGCCCGAAGGAGAUGCUCCUUUCUAAGAGCAUCUUGCAUUUUGCUCUCUUUCACUGACUUCUCUUGUGGCAGAGAGGUUUAGGUUCUGUGUAAGUUAGGCAUUUGUGCUUUCAGUAGCCGUAUUUUCUAUGUGUUUAUAAGGGAUUUAUUGAUUAAAUUGUUGUACUAUUCUGUAGAUCCUUGUGUUUUGGUGGCAUAUACUUCAUUUACAAUUGUAUCAGAGAAUUUGAUGAGACCUCAGAGCAGUUUUGGCUACAGAAGCCUGUAAUUUUAACGAUUACUUAUUAGUUGACCUGUUGUUUUGUAAGUGCAAAGCAGGUUGCAGACGGAUUUGGAGAAGGUAGAAUGAAGGGUUUACAAUCC